GACAAUAUAGCCGAUUGCCGAAUGGGGACGGGCGGGGUUGUCGCCCGGGUCGGUAUUGGGAAAAGGUAACAUGAAGGAAAUGCGCGGGAGAAUGUCAUUGCAGAGAGUUCAGCAUGUCUCUGGGCUCCUUGUCUGGAAGCUCGACACCGCAGUUUUUGUUUCCCUCCAAGCAAGCCGGGGUGGAGUGGUGAAGCAGAGCCAAGACGGAAACACAGAAAACACAUCAUCUGGCUGCAUUGGUCAUACUCAUCCCCAUCUCAAGGCAAGGCUCCCGCAUAUCCAGUUAAAAGUGCCAGGAGCUCGGUCACAGUUUGCCAAAUGUUGGGGUAGCAACUUGAUUGCCACCGGGUGGCAUGUGUCAUUGGGUGUCAUUCCCAGGUGUCAUGACAAGUUCGACAGAUUCCUGCCUGGUUUCCUUGUCUUAUUGUUUCACUCACCCCUGCACCACACGCUCAAUUCAUCCACAGUUCGUUUUGAAGCUGAGGUUACUCCCCCAGAGGAAAUGCGAUGUGCGAUGGAGCCCGAGAUAUGAUGUGCAAAAUUAGUGCUGGCCCUAGGGAGUGCAAGCUAGCAGCGCUCUUCUCCACAUCGGUCUUUUUCUUCACCAAAUGAACCCAAAAAUCACAUGAUAUCAAUCAAGAUAUUGGCUGAAUGCUAGACAGCAUGGAGAGAAACAACUUUAAAUAUGUAAUUAACCAGUUAACCAAAAGUAUUGUUGAUGUUGCCGUCAAGAUCGUUAUAUAUGCCAAAAUUUUAGAAAUGGGGUAUUUAGUUAACCCAAUGUGUGUCAAAAAAAAAAAAAAAAAAAAAAA